AUGAAACGAAGAUCGGCGCAUCCCGGCCGGGCCGUGCCCGGGGCGGCCCCGCCGGCCCUCACCUGCCGCGGCCUCGUGCAGCGCCCUCCGCCCCGGAAGGGAACGCGCCGGGCCCGCCCCGCCCCGCGCGCGCUGCCGGAGCCGUUACCGCGGCAACGCGCGGGACGCGGCCCUGGCGGCGACGGGAGGGACAGAGCCGGGAGGGACAGACGGGACCCGGAGGGACAGACAGAGCCAGGAGGGACAGACAGGGCCCGGAGGGACAGACAGGGCCGGAAGGGACAGACAGGGCUCGGAGGGACAGACAGGGCCCGGAGGGACAGACAGGGCCGGGAGGGACAGACAGGGCUCGGAGGGACAGACAGAGCCAGGAGGGACAGACAGGGCCGGGAGGGACAGACAGGGCCCGGAGGGACAGAGUCCUGCUCUGGGACGGGGACAGAGUAUGAAGAAGAACACCCUCAAUUUCCAGAUGUUCCUGAAUCAAAAUAAGAAUCUGUGCCUUUGGAAGCAGGAAUAUUGCAGCCAUUAGACAUGGAACAAUUUAAUUCUGCCCCUGCAGCUGAUACUGUUGACCAACAGUUGCUUCCCAUAGUCGAGGAAGUCCCCUCUCCAGAACCACCUGACCCAAAAACAUGUUCUCCACGAGAAUACUUAGAGUUCUACAUAUUUCCAGUACUCUUACCUGGACUGACUGAACUUCUGCAUGAAGCAGAGAAAGAAAAAUGUUUUGAGGGAAGAAGAACCAAAUUUAUUGCCUCUGAUUUCCUAACUGAGUGGUUAUACAACAUGAACCCAAAGAGGAAAGAUGAGCCAUUCACAGAAUUCUUUUCCAUUCCUUUUGUUAAGGACUGGCUUAAGGACCAUCCUAGGCCACCAAUUCCUCUAUCUCUGCUUCUAUCAGAAGAAGAAGCAAGCAUAAUAAUUCAAUCCUUCUGGAGAGGUUAUCGGGUCCGUUGUGACAGUGAAAUACAAGAGCUACGUCAGUGGCAAAAGAAGUGGAGAGAGGAGAAACACAUUAAUAAAGUAGUGAAACAAUUCUGGACUAAGCAGGAAGUCAAAGUGGGAAGCACCUUGGAAGACCCGGAAGAACAUAGCCCAGAUUAUUCAAUAUGUCAGCUUUAGUUUCCUCACUAACAUUGCAAAACACAAAGCUCAUGGACUAUAAACUAUGUGAUACUGAUUUAGAAA